AUGAUUAUCGGAUCUUUGAAUAUUAGAGGGGGAGGGAAUGCUCUGAAGAGAAGGAGAAUUAGUAACAUUAUUAAAAAGGGGGAGGCGGACAUUUUUUUGAUUCAAGAAUCCAAGUUAACAGAUUUGAAUGAGGCCUUAGCAAGGAGUUUUUGGUGCGGUUCGGAUAUCGGAUUUUCUUUUUCUAACUCGGAAGGCUUUUCGGGUGGUAUGAUUUGCUUAUGGAAGGUUGGUAAUGUAGAAGUCAUUUCUAGUUUCAAAGGGGAAGGUUUCCUGGGUAUAAAAGUUAUUUGGAAGGAUAAUGCAUACUAUAUUUUAAAUGUUUAUUCUUCGUGCUUGCUUGCGAAGAAGAAAGAACUUUGGGAAAAUAUUUUGCGUCUGAAGGAUUCUUUUACAGAUGGGGAAUGGAUUAUCGGUGGGGAUUUCAAUUCUAUUAGGGCGAUUGGCGAAAGGAGAGGGCGGAGCGAGAGGGUGGUGUCUAAUGAGGCGGUCUUUUUUGAUAAGUUUAUCGAAGAUAGUGGCUUGAUAGAUAUCCCUUGUAAAGGAAAGAAAUAUUCUUGGUAUAGUGGUGAUGGUAGAGCCAUGAGUCGUAUUGAUCGUUUUUUGGUCUCUAAUGUGGUGGUGAAUAGGUGGGGUUUGGUGGGACAAUUUAUCGGUUGUCGUGAUGUCUCGGACCAUUGUCCGGUGUGGUUAGUGAAGGAUAGAGAGAAUUGGGGUCCUAAACCUUUCAAGUUCAACAAUGAAUGGUUUUCCUUUAAAUCUUUUAUUCCUUUCGUCGAGACGGAGUGGAAGGAGAUGGUGGUGGAAGGGAGAGGUGAUUUUGUACUUAUAGAAAAACUUAAGAGGUUGAAAGAUAGACUUAAAUGGUGGAAUGAAGUUGUUUUUGGUAAGAUUGAUUUGGAAGUGGAGGAAUGCGUGAAGGAGGUGAAUAAGGGUGAUUCCUAUUUGGAGGAGGUGGGGGAAGAUUCUUUUAUGGAUACUUUGAAUGAUAGGAGGGGGCGAAUAAGAGGUUAUGGAUGA